AUGGACCGCUCCAAGUUUCAACAUCUCCCUCGCGCAACGUCGCGACCAGUGAAAUGCCCGUACGAGGGUACAACACUCCUCCACAUCUCCCAAUUUAACAAGGGAUCAGGAUUUCCCAUCGAAGAGCGCACAACAUUUAAUCUUCAUGGUCUGCUUCCUCCCAACAUCCAGACGUUGGAUGAGCAGGUCCAGCGUGCAUACCAGCAAUACAGCAGUCGGACCGAUGAUCUUGCAAAGAAUACCUUUAUGGCAAGCAUGAAGGCUCAGAACGCGGUCUUGUACUACAAGCUCUUGCAAACUCAUCUCAAAGAGAUGUUCAGUGUGAUCUACACUCCUACUGAAGGAGACGCCAUUCAAAAUUAUUCCCGGCUAUUUCGAAAGCCCGAGGGGUGUUUCUUGGAUAUCAACAACCAGGACCGUAUUGAGGAAUCCCUGUCCAAUUUCGGCAAUGCGGAUGACAUCGAUUACAUUGUCGUCAGUGACGGGGAGGAGAUCCUUGGUAUCGGCGAUCAAGGCGUCGGCGCUAUUCUAAUCUCGGUGGCCAAACUUGUCAUCACCACCCUGUGUGCCGGGAUCCACCCUUCACGCCAGCUUCCAGUAGUACUGGAUUGCGGGACAGAUAACGAAAAUCUGCUGACGGAUGGUCUCUAUCUGGGACUUCGACAACACCGGGUUAGAGGCCAGGAGUACGAUGAUUUCGUGGAGAAAUUCGUCAAUGCCGCCCGACAACGGUUCCCAAGAGCUUAUAUCCAUUUUGAGGACUUUGGUCUCCACAAUGCACGAAGACUGCUGGACAAGUACCAAUCACAAAUUCCCUGUUUCAAUGACGAUAUCCAGGGCACCGGGUGCGUCACACUGGCAGCCAUGUUGGCGGCACUGCAUGUCAACCAAGUCAAACUGGAAGACGUGCGGGUAGUCAUCUUCGGCUCAGGGACUGCCGGAACAGGCAUUGCAGACCAAAUCGCCGACACGAUUGCCACGGAGACUCAAAAGUCAAAAACCGAUUCAUCCAAGCAGAUAUGGUGUCUGGAUAAAAUUGGGCUUCUUGUAAAGUCGCUCGCAAAGCAAUUGACCUCGGCCCAAGCCCCGUUCGCGCGAGAAGACCAAGAAUGGCGAAAAGAGGAAAGAAAAGAUCUGCUCUCGGUUAUCCAUCACGUCGAGCCACACGUGCUCAUUGGGACAUCUACAAAGCCCGGGGCAUUUACAGAGGAGAUAGUUCGAGAAAUGGCAAAGCAUGUGGAACGACCGAUCAUAUUCCCAUUGAGCAAUCCAACUCGGCUGCACGAGGCACAGCCCCAAGAUCUCUACGAUUGGACCGAGGGACGGGCCUUGGUUGCUACAGGCAGUCCAUUUGCGCCAGUUGAAUACUGCGGCAGGUCAUAUGAUAUCGCGGAGUGCAACAACUCGACGUGUUUUCCUGGGGUCGGUCUGGGAGCAGUUCUCUCGCAGAGCCGCUUAGUAUCCAAGGAGAUGCUAGUCGCUGCUGUCAAGGCGCUCAAGGCGCGGUCGCCGGCACUGAAUGAUUCGAGUCGUCCUCUGCUACCGGAUGUCGAGGACGUGCGCGAGAUCAGCGUGGAUAUCGCUGCAGCUGUGAUCCAAUGUGCCGUGCAGGAGGGACUGGCGCAGGAGAAAGGAAUUCCUAUAGACGACGGAGAGCUGAAGGAGUGGAUUCGGGCACAAAUGUGGGAGGCGACGUAUCGGCCCUUGGUCAGAGCGGAGCAUAUGCACAGUGCAAGAUGGUGA